AUGAAUAUACAGGGAAUGAAGCUACCUGUUAUUGUUUAUCACAAAAUCAUUUUGCUAUACUUGUUAAUUAUCCCACUUCUUUGCAUCCCAGUUUCAUCGUCUUCCAUUCUUUCUGAUUCUUAUUGCGAAGAAAUUGGCACGUACAAUAAUAAUAGCACAUACCAAAACAACCUUAAUAAAGUCCUUUCAAAUCUCACAAACAAAUCCUCCGUGACAGGUUUCGGUACCUACAAAGCAGGAGUAGGAAGUAACACGGUCUAUGGCUUGUACAAUUGUAGAGGUGACCUUGAUUCCCCAAUGUGCCAUGAAUGUGUACAGGAGGCCUCAAAAUUAAUCAUCACUGAAUGCCCUUCCAAGAUGGAAGCAAUCAUAUGGUACCACGAGUGCACGUUGCGAUAUGCUAACAGAUCAAUAUCUUCGCACUUUGAAGACAGCCCUAUCGCUACCGAGUAUAGUGAAGUCUACCCAGACCCGAACUUAGCUGAAUUGCUUAGAGACACAAUGAAUGGUUUAAUCAAGAAAGCAGCUUAUGACAACUCCACAAAAGGCUAUGCGGAGGGGAAAGGCAUCCUGACAAAGUAUGUUGAUACACUGCAUUGCCUUGUCCAGUGCACCCCGGAUAUCCUUGGUAGCCAGUGUGAGAAAUGCCUACGCUCAGCUAUGACUACAAUGCCUAAGGACCUUACAUUUUAUAUGAUCUUCUCGCCCAGUUGCAAUGUGUUUUAUCGUAUUGGAUAUUUCGCUGCAGGUACUACAAACAAUGAUUCUGCGGUACCCCCUACUCCAUUUAUCAAAGGUACUAAUAAUGCAUAUCUUUUCUUUCUUUUAAGACAGCAGAUUGUUUUAGGUGUUCAACAGUUCAAGUCUUAG